AAAGAUGCGUUUAGUUGGCAACAAUCACCAAUUACGGGAUAUGCUGUUUAACCCCUCGAUUUUGAGUAAAGCUUGAAUAAGGCCUGAUUAUGGUUCAGGGCUCCAUGCCAUCCACUGAAUUGCAUUUCAACCAUUCUCCCCUCCAUCCUACUAAGCUUUUCUCUCAAAACCGCUCGAUCUUGUAAGUUUAACUUUUGGGCCUAAACCCGGGUUUUAUAGUUUUACACGUUGCAUUUAUUUAGCAUCAAAACGUGGCGGCAGCAUCAUGUUCCAACACGACGUCGUGUUCAUCUUUCCAAUUCACUCCUCUUUUUAAUCCCUUCAAAGGAACCAAAGGUUAGGUUUUUCUUUUGUCCCACACUUUCCUCUCUGCUUGAAGUUACCAAAGAAACAGAGCAACAAUGGCGAAAACCAGCCUUAGCCGCCUAUUCGCGUCACUCUCGGAGCACUCCAUAGCCAAACCGUCUUUCACUGGUUCGAGAUCAGAGUCGGUGACUCGUUCAGCUUACAACUCCGUGACUCGCUUCGUAUGUUCCUCUGCUCAGGAAACUCACUUGAUCCGUGAAGAAAGAUCCAACGAGGGAGAUCGAGAAGCUGCGAAAGAGAAUCUCGAAUCUGUGAAUAAAGAAGAAGAUGAAGGUGAAGAUGGUGAUCACGUGAAUAAAGAGACGGGGGAAGUGGGCGGGCCUAAAGGCCCGGAACCCACUCGCUACGGUGAUUGGGAACGGAAUGGUCGCUGCUCCGACUUUUGAAUUUUUUUUUAAUUAUUAUGAAUGUAAAACUGAAUUGAAUCAGCGAUUUUUAAUUUCCCGGAGAAUAAAAAAAAUUGUUGGAGUAAUGAUAAAUAAUUUUUUUGUUAAAA